AUGAGUUCACUAAACGAGCCUCCCGUUCUGGGAGCAGGCCAACCGAUUGGCACAAGGCUGAAAGGAUGGUUCUUCGCUGCAGCAAUGUUAUUAUCAGCGUUUUUUGGAGUACUGUACAUUGUCACUCCUCUUGUUGUGCUGCUUUUCGUGAAGCCACCUCUUUGGCGAAAGAUGCUCGAUCGACUCGUUGGGAUAUGGGCUAUAAUGCCUGGCGCAUUGUGCAACUACAUUUUCGGAGCCAACAUCAGAAUCAAGGGAGACUUCAUCAAGCACGACGAGGCUUCUCUCAUAAUCAUGAACCACCGUACCCGUCUUGAUUGGCUCUUUUUCUGGAAUGCUCUAUACAAAAUGGAUCCAUGGUUAUGUACAUCUGAAAAAAUCUCGCUGAAAGGAAUGCUGAAAUAUGUUCCUGGAGCUGGAUGGGCGAUGCAAGCAGCUUCCUACAUUUUCCUGGAUCGUUCAUUUGAUACCGACAAAACGAAACUCGAUAAUAUUCUCAACUACUACGCUGAAACAGAAAACAAAUACCAACUUCUGUUGUUCCCAGAAGGAACCGACAAGUGUCCGAAGGCAACUGAAAGAAGUCGUGUGUUUGCUGAGAAGAAGGGCCACGUCCACUACCAAUAUGUUCUUCAUCCACGUGUCACUGGAUUCGUCCACAUCGUGCAAGCCAUGAGAAGAGCUAACAACAUCGACUACAUUUAUGACGUUACAAUUGGUUUCGGGGAUGCCAUUGUUCAAUCAGAAGUAGAUAUUGCUUCUCAUGGUGUAUGUCCAAAAGAAAUCUUCUAUCAAGUCGUCAAAUAUCCAAUCAAUCGAAUCCCCCAAAGUGAUGAAGCUCUUGGACAAUGGUUGAUCAAUUUGUGGAGAGAUAAGGAAGAGAAACUGAGAAGGUUUUACGAAAUGCCACGUAACGUACGCCAAUUCCCGGACACACCUGAUGGCAUGGAGUACGAGCUGGACAACAAUACAGAUAUGGCUCAAAAAUGGUUGAUUGGGUUCUGGUGCUUCACCACUUGCUUCUGGAUGUUUAUGUUCUUCCAAAGUGCCAUAAUGUUUUAUUGGGCAAUCAUCGCUUGCAUUUUCUACGCAGCAGUUCACAAAAUCUACGGAGGUUUGGAGUUCCUGGCGAUCGACCGAUUCAACCAUUCCAAACAGUACGGGGCCGUCAGUCAGGAUCCAGAAGUGCUAAAUACCUAA